CUCUCUCUCUCUCAAAUUGAAGUUAUUUUCAUCCUUUAUUUGCAGUUCCUUCCACUCCCUUCAGUUGUUGGUUUCUAUUUGGCUCGUUUCUUUACAAAGAAGAGUCUGCCAUCAUAUUUUGCCUUUGUUGUGCUUGGGAGCUUGAUGGUCACAUGGUUCGUGCUACAUAAUUUCUGGGAUCUCAAUAUUUGGUUGGCAGGCAUGUCUCUAAAGACCUUCUGUAAGCUCAUUAUUGCCAGUGUUGUCCUGGCAAUGGCUGUCCCUGGUUUAGCUCUACUUCCGCCAAAACUUCAUUUCUUGGUUGAGGUUGGCUUGAUCGGCCAUGCACUGCUGUUAUGCUACAUUGAGAAUCGUUUCUUUAAUUACUCAAGCAUAUACUACUAUGGAUUGGAGGAUGAGGUCAUGUAUCCAAGUUACAUGAUUGCCCUGACUACUUUUGUGGGUUUGGCUCUGGUUAGGAGACUUUAUGUGGACCAUCGAAUUGGACUGAAGGCAGUCUGGAUUCUGACUUGCUUGUAUUCUUCAAAGUUGGCAAUGCUGCUUAUCACAUCAAAGGAUGCGGUAUGGGCAUCUGCUGUUCUUUUAUUGGCUGUUUCUCCUCCAUUGCUUCUUUACAGAGACAAGUCGAGAGCAUCCUCAAAGAUGAAACCUUGGCAAGGAUAUGUGCAUGCUGGUGUGGUUGCUUUAUCAGUCUGGUUUUGUCGUGAAAUGAUUUUUGAAGCUCUCCAGUGGUGGCAUGGGAGACCUCCAACUGAUGGUUUACUUGUGGGCUCCUGUAUUUUUGUGACGGGAUUGGCUUGUGUUCCAAUAGUUUCUCUCCAUUUUUCACAUGUCUUGUCUGCUAAGAGAUGCCUGGUGCUUGUUGUGGCAACAGGGCUUCUUUUUAUUCUGUUGCAGCCCCCAAUUCCAUUGUCAUGGACCUAUCGGUCUGAUCUAAUCAAGGCAGCUCGUCAAUCAGCUGAUGAUAUCUCCAUAUAUGGCUUCAUGACAUCAAAGGCUACGUGGCCAUCAUGGCUACUUAUCGCAGCAAUCCUGCUCACCCUUGCAUCAGUAACUUCCAUUAUUCCCAUAAAGUAUAUUGUUGAGUUGAGAGCAUUUUACUCCAUUGCCAUGGGGAUUGCUCUGGGUGUUUAUAUAGCUGCUGAAUAUUUUCUUCAGGCGGCUAUGUUACAUGCCCUUGUUGUCAUAACAAUGGUCUGCACUUCUGUUUUUGUGGUCUUCACCCAUUUCCCUUCUGCCUCAAGCACAAAAAUUCUACCAUGGGUGUUUGCUUUACUUGUGGCUCUCUUUCCUGUGACUUAUUUAUUGGAAGGCCAGAUGAGAAUUAAAAGCAUACUUGGGGAUGGUGGAGUUGGAGAUGCAGGAGAGGAAGACAAGAAGUUGACAAUGCUACUUGCCAUUGAGGGAGCAAGGACAUCUCUUCUUGGUUUAUAUGCAGCUAUUUUUAUGCUUAUUGCAUUGGAGAUAAAGUUUGAAUUGGCAUCACUUAUGCGAGAAAAGGCUUUUGAAAGGGGUGGAAUUAGACACAGCCAAUCUGGUGAAAACAGCUCUGCCACUUUACCUCCAAAGUUAAGGUUCAUGCAGCAGCGUAGGGCGGCCUCAACUGUGCAAGCCUUCACUAUCAAGAGGAUGGCCAUUGAGGGAGCCUGGAUGCCAGCAGUUGGUAAUGUUGCUACUAUAAUGUGCUUUGCUAUAUGCCUAAUCUUGAAUGUCAAUCUAACUGGUGGCUCAAACCGUGCAAUAUUCUUCUUGGCACCUAUCUUACUGCUUCUCAACCAGGACUCCGAUUUUGUUGCUGGAUUCGGGGACAAACAGAGGUAUUUCCCAGUUACAGUAGUUAUUUCAACCUACCUUGUAUUGACUGCGUUUUAUAGCAUAUGGGAAGACACAUGGCUUGGGAAUGCUGGGUGGGGCCUAGAAAUUGGAGGACCAGAUUGGUUUUUUGCAGUGAAGAAUGUGGCCCUUCUCAUCCUCACAUUCCCCAGUCAUAUCCUUUUUAACCGGUUUGUAUGGAGCUACACAAAGCAGACUGACUCAACACCACUGAUGGCAUUGCCCCUUAAUCUUCCGUCAGUCAUAAUAACAGAUUUGAUCAAGAUUAGGAUAUUGGGAGUUCUUGGAAUAAUAUACUCUUUGGCUCAGUAUCUGAUUUGUAGACAACAAUAUAUCUCAGGAUUGAAGUUUAUUUAGACAGAACAUUCUUUGUACAAUAUAUUCGGGCAGUUUUUAAAUGACGUAUGAAAGUUCUGUUUCUUGACA